AUGUGGUCAAUCAUCGUGGGAGGUGCCAUGCAGGUGCACCCGACUUGGGGUCAACGAGCUUGGUGGUGGCCUCAUCCCAAGCUUCGCGGAGUGGUGCCGUUGGUGCGGGGGCAGGGCCUCCAAGACAUGUUGCUCAUCGACUGCACAUUGCUGGGCUCCAUUGCUCAUCGCUGUGAAGGAGUUUGCUGGACCGGCACCUGUCGGAAUGAGUUCUUCCUCUCUGCGGAGGAGCUACUCUCAAGCUGGCCCGAAAUCCUCAUCAGUUUUGAGAAGUAUGCAGGGAGGAUGAUCGCAUCAGGGAGCUGCUGA